AUGACCUCUCUUCAGCAGCCCUAUGGCGUCUUCCCUCCCGAAAUCUGGCUCCACAUCCUAAAGUCAUGUUCAACAACCUCCCUCAAGAACCUCUCUUUAACCAGCAAAUCCUUCUACCUGCUCUCCUCAGAUCAACUCCUGCACACCCUAGUCCUAGGCCAAAACACCAUCAGCACCUGCGUGCUCCCUCCCUCCUUGCACAACGCAACAGUCAUCAAAGACGCCGCCCUCUUCAACCACCUUGUGCUAGAUUACAGACAUCUUCAUUGGUACAAAGCCGUCAAGACUGUGUUUGUGGUGCGGGCAAAGAGAUUGUGGGUGACCAGACGAAGUGCCUUGCCGCUUAUUUGCUAUUACAUUACUUGGUGGUUCAAGCCCGAGGAUAAGAAGAUGCAUACGUGGAAGCCGUGGGUCAUGGAGCAGCCUACUGUUAUGUUGUGGGUGCCUGAGAUAUGGCCGGUUAGGCAUCCUAUCAUGCUUGAUCUGAAAACAGACAUCUUCGUUGGUACAAAGCCGUCAAGACCGUGUUUGUGGUGUGGGGGAAGAGAUUGUGGGUCAUUAGGCUGA